CAUAAAAUGGACAAGUAUGUAUAUAGUCAGUUUAUAUUUACAUACCAUCAAAAAUAACUAAUUUAACAUGUAAUACAGAAAAGCAAGUCAACUAAAAUCCAGCCAUGCAAUACAACCAGCCUUUCUGUGUUAUCGGGUAUGGUGGACCUAAUUGUGGACAGUGUUAUUCUUAUAGCCCGUCUCAGUAUGGAAUAUACCCUGAAAUAAUUGGAGAAGGAGAAGUAACUUCUGUAUUAUUCCCUGAUGGAUCUAUUCAAUUUUACUUCAUCCCUAUAUUGAAUAAAAGAAGUCCAUCCUUUAUGCAAAAUCCUACUCCGUACUGUAAUUUUUCCGGUACCACAAAUACUGGAGUGUGGUUUAUUAAGAAUUUCUCGAACCCGAUACCACCUGCUCUAUUUCAACAAUUCUGCCGAGGAGCCAACGGAGAGCCGUUUUUAAAGUCAUAUUAUAAAUCAGAUUAUAACAUAAAUACUUCACCGUUUUUACUAAAGUUUCACAACGAUAAUUGGACAUCGACAACAGAUAUCCAUUAUUUUUAUCCCUGUUUACGGGAGUGUAAUUGGUUUACAACCCCACGCGCUAUAGAAUCAACAGCAGUACAAGUGGACAUAUCUGUACAAAGAAAAUGUAAUUGUGGACACGCAGUGGCGCGUAACAAACUAUGCCAUUGCUACUAUAACUGCAGCUGCAGUACGAAAAGUAUUAAAACUAAAUCUAUAGAUUGCUGUAACACAUUGAAAAAAGAAUGCAAUAAUAGUCAAAUGUCUAUAGUGCAGUCAAAAUCGGGAGAUUUCAUUUAUAGUAAAAAUGAAAAGCCGACAGCACUAAGAGAAAAGUCAUCGUAUUCCAGUACACAUGGUGAUAAAAAAAAUAGAACCAAAAAGAACUUCCAAAUUUCAUGUGAAUGUGACUAUACUCAUAAACCAAAUAGUAUAGAUAAAUCGGUGACAACUUAUGCAGAUCAAGCUAGUAGUUGCGAAAGCGCGAAGGGAUGCGAAACACAAACCAAACAAUGUGUUCCUCCCACCACAGUCAAGAAAAUAAAUAGUGUGCACAAUAACAAAAAUAGUACAGAGAUCUGGUUACCAAAAACGCCACUAAGUCAGAAGAAGAUGAAAAUAAAAUCUUCAGAGAAUAUUAUAGGAAUUUAUGAAAGCAGUUGCAAUUCAGAUACGUGUAUAUGUAGCAGUGAUACAGACGAAUGAAUAAAGACAAACAUAAUUGUUGCAGACUUAUAUUUUGUUAUUUAUACAUUUCAUAGUUUAAAAUUACAUAUAUUUACAGUGAAGGAAUAAAAGACUUAUAGUUAUAAACAAAAACUGAGAUUUUAAUUUCCUUAUUUAUAAUGCAAAGAAGAUAAUACAACUGCAAAUAAAUCAGUCAGUGCGCUUAUUUAAUAAAAAUCGAAACCUUGAGACUAGCACAAAGUUUAUAUUUAUUACAUAUAUCAUGAAACUAGGAAGACUUGUGAAAAAACAUUAAACAUACUUUGGCAGAAAAGAAAUGAAUCUUUUAGUGAUUCAUUUCCCACCACUUGCAGGUUGACCAUAAAUAAAUCGUAAAAAACAAUUUAACACUUAAAGCUAGUAUUGCAUAAAAUUACAUUACACGAACAAAUACUUCCUUCAUAAUAAUUAUGAUUUUGUAAUUACAUUUCUUCGAAAAAAUACAGAUAUAUUGGCGAUUUGGGCAGUAGAAAAGUUUCUAAUUGCAAACUAAUUGAAUAAUUUCAAAGGUUUAUAUCAAAUAGGUGCCUAU